AUGGCCGUGCGAUUUGAGUAUUUCUUCUUUGUCGUCUUCUGUUUGUUCUGUUAUGAAGUUUCUUCAAUGUCUGGCGGAUUCUACGCAGAUAACGGACGGCAACAAAGUAUUUUGUUCAAACCUUUAGCUAAAAAUGAUAAACAUGAGCUCCAGCUAGAAAUUUUGCAUUUGUUAGGUCUUCAACAUCGACCCAAACCCAGACACCAUGAUAUGCACAGUUCGGCCCCUAAGUAUUUGUUGGAUUUAUAUAAAACUCUAGAGAAUGAUGAGGUUUUGCCAGUAAAUGCUGUUCAUUCCAUCGCUAAUAAUAAGAGCAGUCCUGCCAUUAAAGAUUCUGACUUUAUUGUUAGUUUUGUUAACAAAAUACACCAUCAGUAUCCACAUUUGAGGCAUGAGAGGGACAGAAGAUUCUGGUUUGAUGUGAAUGAAAUUCCUCCAGAGGAAGAAAUCGUCGGCGCAGAGCUGCGAAUAUACCGAAACUUCACCAAAGAUGGUCUGGAGAAGCAUUUCAAUUUGAGUCUUUAUGCUGUACGAGAAGAAAGCGGACCUGGGACAAAUACUCUUGAAUGGGUUGAUGACAUUGUUGUUACAAAUCAAGAUACUGGGUGGCUGAGCUUGAAUGUAACUUCAUCUGUGAUGACUUGGAUUGCAUUUCCUAGCAAAAAUCUCGGCUUGUAUUUGAAAAUUAAGUCUUACACAACAUCUCACAGCACAGAUCCGCAUGAAUUUGGUCUUGUUUUUUCGAGAGGGCCAGAAGAAUUCCAGCCGUUCAUGGUGGCUUUUUUCAAGACACCCAACCACGUGAGAGUAAGAGUUCCAAGAGCUACUCGAAAGAGACAAGAGAGUUACUAUGAUCAUGACAGUUACAACCCUUAUGCUGGUGAGCCGUAUAUUUCAAAGCAAAAUUGUCAAAGAUGGACUCUCUAUGUUAGCUUCAAAGAUUUGGGAUGGCAGGAUUGGAUUAUUGCUCCAGAUGGCUAUGGUGCUUUCUAUUGCAAAGGAGAGUGCUCUUUUCCUUUGAAUGCCCACAUGAAUGCAACCAAUCAUGCUAUCGUGCAAACCUUGGUUCAUCUCAUCAAUCCGACGGCUGUGCCAAAACCCCGUUGUGCGCCAACGCAGCUAUCCGCUAUUACUGUUCUUUAUUUUGAUGACAACUCAAAUGUCAUUUUAAAGAAGUAUAAGAAUAUGGUUGUGAAAUCUUGCGGAUGCCACUGAUUGUGAUUGCAUAAGGAGGUGGACAGCCAAAUGCAGGUCAUUGACUGUUUUGUGAUUAACUUCCCUCCUAUGGUAUGCAAAGCAUUUUUUCUCUCCUUGCCCGUCCUGUUAAGCCCGUCCAGCUAAGCAGCUAAGUUCCGUCCUGUUCUAAGCCCUGAGAUGGAUAGCCAAAUGCAGACUGUUUUGUGAUUAACUUCCAUUCUGUGGUAUGCAAAACAUUUUUUCUCUCCUUGCCCGUCCUGUUAAGCCCGUCCAGCUAAGCAGCUAAGUUCCGUCCUGUUCUAAGCCCUGAGAUGAACAGACAAAUGCAGA